AUGGAGGAGCAGACUCUAUCCAUCGAACAGACUUACAAGCAGAUCACCAGCGAUGCAUCUACUUUCUCGGGCACUGUCAACACCAUCGUGGCUACAACGGGGGUCAACGGGAAGGAAGGAAAAGAGGGAAGGGAGCAGACGGACCAGAAGAAGGAUGACAAGUGGAAGAAGCGAGCCCCCUUCAAGGGGCGCUGCUACAACUGCAAUGAGGAGGGGCACAUGGCUGCCAAGUGCCCCAACAAGAAGAAAGAUACAACGCAUGCGGCAGCCGCGAAUGUAGCUGAAGGAGACGGGAAGGGCGUGGCGCUCACCGUCACGUGUUCGGCUGCAACGUUGCUGGCCAACGACAAGGACUUGUGGUUCCUUGACUCAGGAUGCUCCCAACACAUGACCGGCCGCAAGGAGUGGUUCAUGGUGAUCCGUGACCCAUCUGCAACGAAAUCAGUCAAAGGGUUUGAUGGUUCUAUGCAGGAAGUUGCUGGUGUUGGUGAGCUCUUGGACAAGGGAGCAAAGCUACGAACCGAGGAAGGUGUCACUCGCAUCAUCGCAUCAGGAGGUCAAGUGGCUGCAACGGCACGAUACCGCCACCGCAUUCACUGCCUUGACCUGAAACCAGGGCCAGCAAGGAAUGGUGCAACAGCUGUAGCAGCAUGCAACCUUACGGCAGCUACAGCGGCAUGCACCGAUAUGGCGGGUGGAGCGGCGAGCGGCGGCACAGGGGCUGCAUCGGCAUGCAACGGCAGGGCGGCUGCGGCGGCAUGCAACGGCAGGGCGGCUGCGGCGGCAUGCAACGGCAGGGCGGCUGCGGUGGCAUGCAAUGGCACGGCGGUUACAGCGGCAUGCAAUGGCACGGCGGCUGAGGUGGCAUGCAGCGGUAUGCCUAAGGCAUUUGCUGAGGUGGUGUCAAGCGCGUUGGAAGAGAAUGACGAAGCGGCCAACCUCACAACAUAUGCGGUGGGGACCGAGGCGAUGAUCAACCUGCGGCACACUCACCUUGAGAAUGACCAUGCUGGUGCGGUGCAGUGGACAGCCACAAAUAGUGGCAUGCUAGGCAUGGACCUAGAGAAAGGAGGGGAGGAUACGUCGAGCGCCUCCUCCCAAGAAGCCAAACUCACUCGUCAAACGCUUCCGCUGCCUGACAAGCGAGAGGGGGAGGUUCUUGGGAUGGUCCACGGACCUGAGCAGAAUCAGCCGCCGUCACGUAUCAUCAUCAUAAUCCCAGUGCCGUCCGUGUAA